CAAAAUUUUUGUUCAAACAAAUAAUGUUUCGUAUAAGCAUAUGUUACUUCAAUGAAACAAAUUUCAGUCAAAUAAAUAGGAAUACCGAUUCUAAAGAAAUCUUGUUCUCCGUGUAGGUAUUUUUUACGACUUUUAUCUCGACUUGUGAUUUCGUCCGAAAACCAACGGCUGCACGUGGCCUGAUGAUCCACUUGCUUCGCUAUAUAGCUUCAAUGUAGCAGAUGUAGCUUCAUCAAUGUGCUCGUUACCCACCGAAAGUUGGCAACUUUCGCGCAUCGUAUUACCCGCGAUAAGAGCAAGAGUCGAUAAAUUCAGGCAACUCGGCUGAAGCAAUAAUCACGAAAAUGAACGUUUUACUCCAGAAACACGGGGGUAAACACAUAUAUAAGGUCCCGGAAGGAUUACGCGAACUAUGCGCCGACAUCGCACGCGAGGUUCGUUCUAUGAAAUCGUUAUUUGACUUACCGCCGUCACGUCAAAGGACGAUUAAAUUAUUAUCUGAUCCGUAAAGGUUCUGCGCUCGCAGCCAAGGAACAUUUAUUGCUUCGUUGCUGAUUACGUUGAAGCGCUUUUGAUCACACGGGAAAAUGCAAAAGGUAUACCGCAUCGUCUAUACAACAAUUUCACAACAUCGGAUGUCUUGAUGUUAUUCACUCGCAAACAGACGCUAAUUGGAACGCUAAGCUAAUUAAUUACUGAUGUUUACAUGCAUGCGUACGCCGCCCGGUUUAUCCCGCGAAUCAUUAUGUAAAUUCAAAGGUUGCGGAGAAUGACCGCGUGUAUAUCAUUCGCAUGGGGUUAAAAUGCGCACGACAAUCGUAUAUAACGCUGUAACCGUGUAUCGCGUUCUACAGCCGUGCAAUUGUACAAUUCCAGUCGCGGUGAAAGUCGUAAACAAUAUUUUAUUGGAUAGCCAGGCCAUCGUUGGUAUACUUCACCGGAGCGGCUUGAGUUUAGAGCAGAUCGCUCGGGCCGCGCCUAGGAUUCAGACGGCGUUCCGCGCGUACUUGGACGCGGUAGACAUGCGAGCGGCCCAGGUGUGCGACGACGCGACUUGCGACGAGAGCUGCGAGGUAUCUCUGCAAAAUAUUCUGGAAGCGACGGGGGUCCCGCUGGAACAGGCGGAGAAGCAUGCGACGAUAAUACAAGCCGCUUUCCGUGGGCAUUACGAGAGAAUGCUGUUAAACGAGUCCCGUGGCAUGAUUCAAUGGCAACGAGCGGCAACGCGGACUCUCGAGAUCCUAAGAAAGACAGGAGCUUCGCGAGCGGAGGCGUCGAGAGCCGCCAUUCUAAUACAGGCUACUUACCGCGGCUACUAUACGAGGAGAAAUCUUAAAAUGAAAAUGAAGGAAGAGAAAAGAAGCGAGGUGGACGUGGUGGAACCCAGAGAGGCCGUUCAAGCAGUAGCUUGGCUGGAUAUGAUGUACGAGGACUCAGGACUGACACCGACGAGAGCAAACGAAGCUGCAUCCAUUAUACAAAAAGCUUAUAGACGGUAUCGUGAGAGAAAAAGUGAGCCGCUAAUAGAACCAACGAGACCGACAGAGACGGAAGCUAUACUCAAAAAUUUGCAACAGAAAGUUUUCGACGAAGUCAUUGCCCGCGCGGACAUUCCCAUGGAAUUCGGUAAUCAAGAGGAUUUGACGGAAGCUGACGAGGAACUUGAACGCGCUUUUAAAGAUCGAUUGACACUUGCGAGUAUCACGAAAGAAGGAUACGAAGAGGAAGCUAUUCACGUAGAAGAGUCCGGCGAAUUAUUUGAGAAACCGGAGGACGGUAUAUAUUCGAUCGACGUGGCGGAAGAUUGGCAAGAAAGUCGAGAAAUCGAAGUAGAAUCGGAACGUGACGAAGAAACAGACGCGUACGUGCAAGACUAGUAUCGAAAAGAGAGCCGAACUUUCCGAGGAGGGGUUGGGAGAGAAAAGUGUCGCGCGACGCUGCGGAAUCCUUUUCAGAAACCGGCGGGAUGAGCCAAUUAACACAAUUAACAUGGAAGCUGUGGGCGGAACGGUGCGAGAAAAGCAACGAGACAACGAGAGCGCAAAGAGCCCGGCGAGCGAAAAGCUGCCUCCGGAGGCUGCCAAAUGCCAGAGACACCACUUUUUUUUAAUGCACAUGCUUACGUCCGAUAAUUCCGUUAACGUGCGCGCUUCCGUAGCGAGCUUAAAAUUCUUCCGGGCAAAGACUGGCUCUCUGGCACGCGUAUUACAAGUAAAACGAGUUAAAAGUUAAUUGUACCGCCUAUAUGUAUGUACAACGUUAAUUUAAUUCGGACAAUACGAACUACGCCUCUUCAUGGGCUCAUCCAAAA